UUCUAAAUGCAACCCAUUCUGAAACUUUCGAAAACUUAUAGUAAAGAGACUAAAGAUAUUUGGGAUGAUAGUGACAUGCAAAUCAGUGAGGAGAUAAGUGAUUGCAAGACUCUUCGACCCUUGAACCAUACUAAACAGUUUUGAAACACUCUCAAGAAUAAUAAGGGAAAGAUCAAGGAUGAAGACUUGUUUGAUUUUGCCAGAGGAAAUAUAAUUCUUCUCCAGCAAAAAAGUUUAAAACAUUCUCAAAUCGAGUGAGGAAAUAAGGAGGUUCAGAAAACCCAAAACUCGAAAGAACCUAGAAAAUAUAUUGCAAACCCAACUAGGGCUACAAGAUACUUGAAGAGUUCCUCUUCCGCUCUCCGUGAAGGGACAAAAAUAAUGUCUGACUUGCGAAGAGUUCCUUCAUUUGAACUCCUAAAAGAAAUCCACUAAAUCUUCCAAAUCUAGUC